CUUUCUGUGAGGACACUCCGAAGGGCGAGGGGCGGGCUUGGCCCUCUGUUAUCUAGCUUUCCGUUUUCUCCCGGAGCCUGGCUUGACUAUCUGGCAGAUUUCUUUCAGUAAGACGUGGUUCUGGAAACCCCCAGAAACGUGUGUGGACUGUGGUUACAAAGCAUGAUGACUGCAAAAGUCGUUCCUAGGCCUCCAAAGCCAAAGCAGUCCUUUAUAUUGAGAGUUCCACCAGAUUCCAAGCUGGGCCAAGACCUACUUCGAGAUGCUACUAGUGGGCCCAAGACCAUCCACCAGCUAGUUCUGGAGCACUUUCUUACUUUCUUGCCUAAGCCAAACCUGGCCCAGCCCAGUCAGAAAGUCAAGGAGACCUUGGUUAUCAUGAAGGAUGUGAGCUCAAGCCUUCAGAACAGAGUGCAUCCUCGUUCCUUAGUGAAGCUCCUUCCCAGAGAAGGAGUCCAGCAGCAACAGGAGAUACCUUCUCAAUGUUUGAAAGCUGACCCUGAGGAGCUGGUGGUCUUUGAGGACUUGAACAUAUUUCACUCCCAAGAAGAAUGUGUGAGCUUGGAUCCAGGUCAACAACCUACCUCAGAUAAGGAAGAUAAUAAUGAUGUGGGGGAGAUGAUGUUACUAGUAAAUGACACUAAUCCUGGGGGUGAUGAUCUUCAGAAGGAAUGUGUGGAGAAUGAAGAUAGUGGAGAAAAGUCUUUAGAUUGUGAUGAAAUGGAUUAUUCCUUGAUCUCUGAGCAACCUCCAGACUGCCAGGAAGAAGACAGACUGAACACAUCUGUUUUAAAGAAAAGGAAAAUGAGAAAUCUUUUAGUUACCAUUGAAAAUGAUACUCCACUAGAAGAACUCUCAAAAUAUGUGGAUAUCAAUGUUAUUGCACUUACUCGAAAUCGGAGAACAAGGAGAUGGUACACUUGUCCACUGUGUGGGAAGCAGUUUAAUGAAAGUUCUUACCUUAUUUCUCACCAGCGGACUCAUACUGGAGAAAAACCCUAUGACUGUAGUCACUGUGGGAAAAGCUUCAAUCAUAAAACAAACCUCAAUAAACAUGAGCGAAUACAUACAGGAGAGAAACCUUAUUCCUGUUCUCAGUGUGGGAAAAACUUUCGUCAAAAUUCUCAUCGGAGUCGUCAUGAAGGAAUCCACAUAAGGGAGAAGAUAUUUAAGUGUCCAGAAUGUGGGAAAACCUUCCCCCAAAAUGAAGAAUUUGUGCUUCAUCUGCAGAGUCAUGAGGCUGAGAGGCCAUAUGGUUGCAAAAAAUGUGGGAGAAGAUUUGGUAGGUUGUCAAACUGUACCCGGCAUGAGAAAACCCACUCAAAAUGUAAGACUCGAAAGCAGAAGUGAUGUUAGGAAAGGUCUUAUGGUCCUAUCUGAACCUGAAAAGUUCCAUAAGGAAUUCUGAAUUCCCAGGCUGCCUAAAAAAAAAAUACAGAUAUGUGAAAACCUCAUUAUAGUCAAAAUUGGGUAAAUACCAAUCUUGGCCGAAACCUCAGACUAUUAGAAAAUUCACAGGGAAGGAAACAUCUUCAAGGGCUAUACCUCAGUUAGCAUCUAGUCUUUUUGAACUAAGGAACUUUCCUUUGUGACAUUGUAUAAGAAUGUACAAAUCACAGAUCCCUACCCCCAAGAAAGACUUUGAAUACGAGUCUGGAGGCUGUUUACUUGCAAGGUGAACAGAGUGACUCUAAUCUACUGAAAAUAUAUCCAUCUCCCCUCCCCCAUGGGAAUUCAUACUUGAGAAAUAAUGCAAAGAUCCUUACCUGGAACUGUGUUCUCCUGAAAGAACCAAACUACUGAUUUGUUAAGCCAACAGCUUCUAAUAGCAAUUCAUAUAUUCCUCUCAGAAUACCCAUUAAGUCUUGAGGGUUGAAAGGAAUUGUUUACUUUGGAAUAUAGGAAAAC